CAUGACAGAAAUUCAUGUCAAUUCAAUUCAAUAGAAAUAAGAUUUUGGAAUAGUUAUUUUUGAUUUAAAAAUAUUGACCAAAUUGCUUAUUUAUUCAUGUUGUAUUUCAUAAUUUAAUAUUUAACAAGCUUUGGGUAUUCCUUAGCCCAGUUUGCGUAUUGUUGGGGAUAUUCUGGGAGUUUUAAUUGCAACUUUUAAGUGGUAAAUUCGGAGUUACCUAAUCACCUUUUGCCUUAUUAUUGUGCUGUGAAUAUUUAUUUUAUGCGGUAAAUUAAAUAAAUAAGCCUAGGAACGAGAUAGUAUCAUCUAUUAUCUAUUCGGCUACGCGACAGUUUACGCAAUACCAUUUGGAAGAAAGACGUGUCCUAUUUAGAGCAAAUAGAAAUUAUGGCGCGUAAGGAUUUCUUCCGUGAUACUUGGAUAAGAUAUUUAGGCUAUGCAAAUGAGGUUGGUGAAGCGUUCAGACCGUUAAUUGAACGAAGGUUUGUGAACUACAGCUACGGUCUGGCCUUUGGCUAUGUUCUCGCGGAUACUACGGACAAAGCCUUGCAGAAGUUUUGGCAUGAUGGGCGAUUGACCAAGGUGCUGUGGGCCACAGGAGAUGCUCUGAUAUGGCAGUCCUUAGCUUCUAUUAUCAUACCGGGGAUUGUUAUUAACAGAAUAGUAGCGUAUUCCAAUGUAGGGUUAAAGAAAUAUGCCCCGAAAAUUCCGAGACGGCAGCGGCUUUGGAUGACUGUUGGUAUUGGUAUCAUGUCAAUACCCAUCAUCGUGUCUCCCAUAGAUCAUAGUGUGCACUUUUUGAUGAACAUCACCUACAGACAAAUCUUCAAAUAGUCAAUAUUCAUUUCCAAAAUGGCGGUGGUGUAAGAAAGGUAUAUUUUGUUCAGCACUUGGGCUAGGAUUAGACCAAUCUUCAUAAUAUAAAUCAGUAGCAAAUGAAUAAAUAAGAUAAAAAAAUAUAAGUUCAAUUCUGAGAUUUAUAUAUUUCUUUACAAAAUUAUGUCACUUAAGAUUUACUAACAUACAUGAUCUGACACAGUAGUAGUAGGAAUUAGGGAAACCUUUGAAAUUAUAGUAAACGGUAGUAAAGGACUUGGUCCGGCCAAGUAGUUAAUGCCAUAUAUCUGCGGCAAAUCUACAAUAAGUCACGUCAAUAAAAACUAAAAAGGUUUAAGUAGAAAUUUUCGCACAAAAUUGGCAACACCAAUUCCCGCUAAAAUUAGUCCAAAAUGGCGGGAAAUUAGCUUUUAGAAUUAGAACAAAUUCAAAUUCAAAAAUAUCUUUAUUCAGUAGGUAACAUAGUCACACUUUGAAUCGUCAAUUUUUACAUAACGAACGUCUUAUCCGCCUAAAUUACUGCAGCUUCUCAUAACCUGUAUAGCCGGGGAAAAGAAGCUGCAAGAAAAACCUCGGCACAAGGCCCUAGACGUAUUUAAAAAAAAACACAAAAGUCGUAUUUAGCUCAAAAACCGUGCUUUGGACGCUGCGAGCGCAUAUUUUGGCCUCACAUUCCAUUUUUAACGUGUGUUGAAAUUUUAUGGGCAACGAGGGACUUUCCAGGCUACGUUCCCAAAAAAAAAAAAAAAAUAGCUGGCACUGUAAAAUUUUGCCUUUAUUUAACCUUAUAAUUUCAUGGAUAACAGACGAAUUACAAUUCAUGGAAUUAAAAAAAAACAUGUGUGACGGUACAAAAAAAAUGCGGCGAGGAACGCGGCAAUGUGGAUGCUGCUUUAGUUUCAUGAAAUCUCAAAUUAGGUACAUUAAAAAAAAAUAU